CUUUUUGGGCGCUGUACUGUACUGUAGCAUGCGCUGGACGAAGAUCUUGACGACAAAAUGCGUCAUACCUUCGAAAAGUUCACGCUGCAUGCAAAGAAGGCGGCCGGCGAGGCCUCCAAGCAGGCCCUGGAGGUGUCCAAGCAGGCGGCUGGCGUCAGCAAAAACACCCUCGAGGAUCUCACCUAUGUGGGCAAAUCGACGCUGGGCGAUCUAACCAAGACAGCCAAGGAGGCGGCCACCAAAAAGGGCAUCAUCAAGAAUGAGGAGCAGCAUGCCGGAGGAUCUAUGCCGCCAGCCGGCGGUGGCGCCAAGCCACCCGGUUCCCAGAUCGCCACCCAGCGGCAGGUGCAACAGAUGGCCGGAGGCAAUGGCGUUGGUGGUGGCAACAAUUUUUUCUCAUCAAUUGGCACCGACUUCAAUGGCCUGGCCUCCUCCACAUCCACCAUGUUUUCGGGCAUGUUUGGGGGCAAGAUAGCCGCUCCUUUGCACUCCACAGAGAAUCAACAGAAGCAGGCUGCAGUUCAGCAAAGACCCUCUAGCGCCGGCUUGGGGAAGGGAAAGUCGGGCAUCAACUUUGAUCCGUUUCCCAGCCGCAAGGGCCUUGUGGAGCGGACACCGCUGAUCAAGCACUCGGGCCCGCGGCAGACGCAGGAGGAGCUGACGCGGCAGCAGAACCAGGAGCGUUCGCACAGCAAUGCGGAGAAUCAGACCUUCCUCAAGGACGUGACCAAUCAGGUGCUGGCCGGCGAGGGUGUGGGCUGGCUGAAGCUGAAUCGCUUCAGGAAACUCAUGGAGGAUGAAUCCUAUCGGACGCUGGUGCUCAGCAAGCUGAACAAGACGCUGGACAGGAAGAUAGCGCCCGAUGAUCACAUCGAUGAUGUGUGUGUGACCAAGCCCGUGUGGAAGGGAAUGCUCAAGUGUGUGCAGGCCAUAGCCUCCGGCCUGGAUGUCACCUUUGGGAACUUCGGUCUGGGUGGAAUGGCCUCCGUGUUUCAACUGAUGGAGGUGGCCCACACACACUACUGGAGCAAGGAGAUCAACGACGGCAGCGACAUGUCCUCCAGUCUGCUCUCCAGCCACGCUGCCAGUCCCCUGGGCAGCCGUGAGAAUCUACGCUCCCCCAGCUCGCCCAACGGUUCGCAUUCGGGCCUGGGCAGUGAAUGGGCCUCGCCCCAGGAAUCGCGCAAAAGUUCCACCCACCACGCGGCCUUGCCUCCGUCCCAGGCGGGUGGCACACCAUCGGCGGCAUCGCGACGCCUGUCGGCAGCAGACAGCCAGGAUGGCCAGUCGACCACGUCGACAACGGAGAUGUUCAAGGACAUGUUGUCACAGAAGAGAAGUGCCUUGAAGAAUAUGCUCACCUCGUUCGACUCGGAUGCUGCUGGCUCUACGGGUGCGCUCUCCGUGGUCAGCGAUCUGCUACCAAUGGGCAGUCUGAGCAUUCGCAUGCCCUCCAGCUGCCGGUCCACGGUCUCAGACACCGAAUACGAAAAUACCACAACGUCGAAGGACUCGAAGAAGAGCGGCGGUAAUCUGUGGUCGGGCAAGUCAACGCUUAGUGCCGGCUUCCGCUACACGGGCGGACAUCUGAUCAACACCUCCUCAUCCCCAUCGCCAGACAGUCCGCGGGUGUACCUCUUCGAGGGGCUGUUGGGCAAGGACCGCCUGAAUCUCUGGAACCAAAUGCAGUUCUGGGAAGAUGCUUUCCUCGAUGCUGUCAGCCAGGAGCGUGACAUGAUUGGCAUGGAUCAGGGCCCCAUUGAGAUGAUGGAGCGCUAUAAGUCGCUGAGUGAAUCGGAGCGUAAGCGUCUCGAGCACGACGAGGAUCGUCUGCUCUCCACAAUGCUGUACAACCUGACGGCCAUCCUUGUGAUGCUGAAUGUGGGCAAGGACGAGAUUCGACGCAAGAUCCGUCGCCUGUUGGGCAAAAGUCACAUUGGCCUGGUCUACUCCCAGGAGGUGCACAAUGUUGUCGAUCAAAUCAAUAAUUUGAAUGGAAAUGACAUUGACCUAAAGCCACUGGGCUCGAGGCUGCUGCAUCGCCAGAGUUUCACCGUCCACCAGGGCACCGAUGUGAACGGACCGCUGCGCUUCAUGGAGGUGCGCGACGAUGGUCUGGUGCUGCGAUCUGUGGACGGCACCAUUGUGGAGCGCUGGUGGUACGAGCGGCUGGUCAAUAUGACCUACUCGCCCAAGACCAAGCUGCUGUGCCUCUGGCGGCGCAACGGCGGCCAGACCCAGUUGCACAAGUACUACACGAGAAAGUGCAAGGAGCUGUAUAACUGCAUCAAAGAUGCCAUGGAGCGGGGUGGAACGCCCACCAAUGUGCCCGAGCUGGGCGGUGAGUUUCCCGUGCAGGACAUGAAUACGGGCGAGGGUGGCCUGUUGCAGGUCUGCCUUGAGGGUGUCGGUUUGUUAUUCUCCAACAGCAAGGAUUUCGAGGUAUUGCAAUGAACAAAUUUCUUCUAAUAUUUGAACUUAAAUUUAUAAGCAACUAUUGUUCUUUAAAUGCCCUCCUCCACCACCGCCCAACAACGCCGUCACCCAACACCCCACACCCCUCACCCGCUCCUACAUCCCUACACCCUACACCCUCCUGACAACCCUUGCAAAAAGAAAAAAAAAACAAGAUAUUUUCAGUUUUUCAUUGAUCAUCAUAAUUUUUAACUUGGAAUCCUUUUUGUGUUCGAAAUACACUUGAUUUAAUCCUUCACUUUCACCCACCAAACAACAAAAGUAAUAAAAAAAAAAAGCAAAAAACCCAAUUAAAAAAAGUAUACGAAAAUACACAUCUGAUAUGGCAUUCAACAGUUGAAAAACAACAGUUAAAAAUAAAACCAAAAAUUAGUAGUUGAUAUUGAAUUUUAAACUUUAAACCGCAAAUAAUAUACGGUAUAUACCAUAAUGUAUAUUAUUUACAUGUAUCUUAUUUUGUGUUUUUGUUUUUGUUUUGUUUUCGAACUCUCUCUCUCUACUUAAUUUUUGAACUGUUGGUUAAUUAGUGGGUUGGUUGGCUAGUUGGUUUGAUUGUGUUGAACGGAACAUUGAAUUGUCACUGAGCCGUACGUACUCUUUGUAAGGCCUUAUGCGGAUUAGAAUACCCAAAGUAAUGCCGAAGUAGUGAUGAACAUUUUGUGAUUACCCCCUUUUCAGUUUGCUUUUUUCUACCCAUUCCAACAGAAUAGAAACAUGCUGUCGUUUAGUUUUUAGUGAUAUUCAGCGCACACGCACAUGGUACACACUCACCAGGGCCGUACACUGUCAUUCAAAGUCUUUGAGCUUUCGCAUGCCAAGAGCACUUGCCACACUCACAACUGUACCACCGAUUCCAAUAUUCCCUCCUAGAGCUGGGCACGUACACCACACACACACAACUUUCUGUCCUUACUGUCCUUACUGUCACACACACACACCUACUGUACCCCGCCGCAUGGCGGUCCCAGAACAGAAAAUAUAAUUUUCACGCUUUUUUAGUUAUGUGAUAUUUUGUUGAUGAGAAAAUUGUAGGAACACGCAAAAACAAUUCCAGUCAACAAUUCAUAGUUCGAUCCCUGACAUUCCAUAUUCGUAGUGUUGUUCCAUUCCGUUUAGUUUCAUUACCUUCUAUUCCAUUGAGAUGCUUUAUGUACUGUUCUGUUCCGUUAGUUUCGGGCAAGGUCGGGCUCUCGUUCUUCUCAUGAAUGGAAAGGAGCACGAAAAUGAUUAAGAAUGACCCUGAGAAGAAUGAGAUUCAUUGUGGGUGCUGUGUGAAUAUUUAUAAAGAAUGCAGAGAAUUUAAAAUUGGAAUAGACACGAAUGUGAAAGCAAGUCCUGGAGAAGGACAGCUCAGACAGAACGAUUUUAUGAUGGGUCGAAUCGUGUCGUAGAGUGGGCCGGGCCAGUCACACAAUUCCCCGAGUAACCAGCCAUGCACAAACAAAAGUUCCUUUGUAUUGAUUUUGAUUUAUGUUUGCUUGUGUAGAGAGUUUUUUUUGUAUACCAACGAGUUGAACAUCAAUUGUAGUUGUAGUUUAAAAAUUAACAAAACCAAUAAACAAAACAAAAAAUAAUACCAAUACCAAAACUAAAUCGUAUCCUUAGAGACAAACAACAAAUAACUAUCUUAGAAAGCCCUUAAAUAUGUAUUGGAAUAAAAAAAAAAAAAAAAAAGUCACAAAAUGAUUUUAACUCCGUUGGAGACUAUGGCAAUCUCUGUCCAAUGCGGUUUCCUCUACUCUUUCCAACUCUGUGUAACUUUAAUCACCUAAUCAUGCUCUGUCUCUAUUUCACUCAUUUCUUGACUUUUGCCUCUUUGCUUGCGUUUGCAUCUUCGUCCAGUUUCCUUCCCAGUUUCGUUAGCUUUCGAAAGUCAGUGUCUUGCUGCAUUAGAGCUGCAUUUUAGCUGAUUUUGAAUGCUCAUGUGCUACAUGCUUCUCCAGCUACAGC